UAAGCAAAAGAUGUUGCAUUCUUAUUUUCAUCCAAGUUACUAGGGACAUUGGGCUUGCAACGAAGAAUUUUCUUAUUCAUGUUAGGAAUAUGGUGUCUUGGUCAUAGGGAUUUCUUUUUCCCCAAUUAAAAGCAAGAAUAUUCUUUUUUUAAACAUCUGGUAAAUCAGUUUAAUUAAUAUGCAAGAUCUUUAAUAUAUAGAGUUCCUUAGGACUGGAUGGGAGCAGUAAGGCCCUUUAUUUGUUCCUUCUCUCUUUUGACCAUCUCUUAUUCUGCUUAAGACCUCCUUGAAUUGGCCAUUCAUGUAUAGAUUAUGUGUGUCAAUAUUUUAUGGAUGAAAUAGAUAUAUGUUCUUACUCCUUAUUGACUUUCACAUUCCUUGAUCAGUUGGCUCAGAAGAACCCCAAGGUUGAAGCCUUUCUUCAGGACAAGCACUUGGAGCACAACCUUAAGAAAACUCACUUGACCCUUGCCCACAAGAGAAGUCAUGGCGUUACAGCGGUAGCAAGUUAUGGACUGUUUCUCAAUCAGAAGGUCCCAGUAGAAUUGACUGCACUUCUCUUCACAGAUAAAAUGGCUGCCCUAGAAGCACAACCGGGUUCUGUUGAUGGCGAAAAAGUAGUAUCAAAAAAUGAGUGGCCGCAUGUUACCAUAUGGACCGCAGAGGGAGUAGCACCCAAGGAAGCCAACACACUGCCUCGAUUGUUCUCAGAGGGGAAAGCAACUCGUGUUGAAUUCAGUCCGCCCAUCACCAUAUCGGGCACAGUGCAAUUUUAUUGAGUUCAAUUUUUUUUUUCACAAAUUGGAUUUGAAGCUUAGUUUUUUUUGCUGCUGAGAAGUAGUUUGUAUAGGCAAAAACAAGGUAAAUAUAAAAUUGAAUUUUCUUUUAUGUUUGUAUCACUUAACUGCUACUUGAAAAAUUAAAAUUUUAAAAAUAAACAACGACUUCAAUUAGAAGAUGAAAUAUUUUCCAAAAAAAAAAAAAUUAGGAGCUGAAAUAUGCAUUCAUUUCAUCAACCAGCUCUUGCCUGGAGUCUGCCUUUCUGCUCAUUCUUUUCUUGGUCUCU